GGUGAUGGCGAAAUGUCACGUCCCGCGUCACGUGGCGCCUGCGAUCAUUCGCCUAGCAAUGGCCCCCAUUUGGGGCGUGUCAGUCGUCAGCCGAGCUUUCCACCUGUGCCGGCGGCGGCGGCGCCAAUGCGUCGACAGGAUCCGAUGACAGAUUCCGAUUUCUUUACCGAAUCCGAUGCAGAUGAUGUGUUGCAACGUGGCGAUCGACGUGCUCAGGUCAUAGAUGGACAGCUCUAUGGACCGGCGAUGCAGCCGAGCGCAUCGGUUCCACAAUUAGAGGACUCAUGCAUGGAAUCGUCAGGUAUUUUCACCGAUGUCGAAAAUCGUUGCGAUGAGGAAAUGCGUUUGCCCGAGUUGGAGAUUGAUAUGGACGUGGACAUGUCACCCGAUGAUUCCACACAAACCAUGCGCAAAGCUCAAGGUCAAGCGCCAGCUGCUAACCAACAACAAUUCUCACAACAACAGCAAUACUCUCAACAACAACAACAACAACAACAGCGUCCGCUCUCUUCAUCAUCAGCUGCGACGCUUUCGCUUUCGCUCUCAAAUCGAACUUCGUACUGCAGCGUUGACGGCGGCAGCGCAAAAAGCUUUUGCGACGAAGCUUUUAACGCUAGCGUCAGCAGCAGCAGCAUUGGCAGCGAACAGCAGCAGCAGCAGCGAUCGUCGGCAGCGCUUUCAGUUCAACGCGCAGCGUCGCCGCGUCAACAACAAAACGCUGCUUCAUCAUCGUUAACGUCGCUCUGCACCAUUGAGAACUUGUCCUCAAGCUCAUCGCUCGUCGCGUCGUGUAAAACAAAAACAAAAUUUACAACAACAACAAGUGUAACGGCAACAACAACAGCAAAGGCAACAAUCGCACGUAAAUCGCCUUCGCCAAAUAAAUGGGAUGCCGUUAUGAAUAAAAUCGCCAGUAACAAGUCAACAAUUAAAACAAAUUACAGUGAUGUGAAGUCUAAAGUGUCCACCACGCGUGCCAAUAUGACCGGAUCAGGAUCAAAUGCGUCUGCCAAAUCUGGCAACGCCACCAGCAGCGCCUCCAGCAGCUGCAGUCCGCGCAUAACUCCCACAGUACGUCGCUCCCCCUCCGCCACGCCGGCAAUUGUCAAACGCAGCAGCAGCAAGUCAGCUUCGCCGUCGGCGUCUGCGCCGGCGUCAACACGGCAGCCACAGGAUAAAGGCUCAGUUGGCGCCGGCGUCAGCGUCUUUGCGCGCUUAUCCAAGUCUCCCACAUCGCCCACAACGUCGGCAGCAAAGCGUUUGCAGCCAGUGUUAAUUAAACGUGGUCGCUCGUAUAGCAAGGACAGCCAGAAGAGCUCGCAUAGUGAUUUGAGCUCACUGUGCAAUGGCGGCGGUUCUCCAAAAUUGUUGGCAAAAACUCCACUGCGAGCUGCCAAGAAGCGUGAUGUUCGCAAUUUGAGCAUAUCACCAACCGAUCUGGGACCGCCCCCAAAGACCCAACAGACCGCCAAGGGACAAUCGACGCGCAACAAAUCGACAACGCCAACGCCCACAGCGAUUCAAAAACGUCUAAAUAGCAACUCGCCGUCAACAACAUCAAUUAGUACUAGCUCCUCGAUCACCAAAGGCGCCGCGAAGGCAUCUCAACAAACUCCACAGAACAAACAGCAACAACAACAAAAUGUUAAAAGUAGUGCAACAAUUAAAAACUGCUCAAAGCCUUUGGAUAGUAAUAUUACAGAAGAAUCGCUGCGUUCCGGCGUUGAUCAAACGGAGUUGCAGGAGCUCAAUGAACUCGGUCUUAUUUUGUCCACGUCACGGGAAUCGAAGCGUGCCUCGAUCAGCAAUGAAUUGGGCUGCAUUUGCGGUGCUGCGGACACCAACAGUUGCAACUGUGCCACAGAGAAGGCGCCAAAGGUGCAACGUUGUGGCAGCCACACACAGGAGUUAAGCAAUUCCAUUGAACCAAACCUAGAAUUGAAAUCAGCUGAAGAGGCAACAAAUGGGGCCAAUUUAAAGAAUAUAACAGCAACAAUACCCAGUACAAAUGAGGAACUUCUUCAGGACACAACGCUUCCCAGCCAGGCUGAGGACAUUGUCGCAUGCAAUCCCUCGCUCAAGUGCUACAUGGAUAAUGGUUAUCUGAACUAUGAACGUUUGGGCAAGUGUCUGGAGGCCAGAAAACAGCAACAGGAGGAGAAGCAAUGCCAGUUGAUGGGACUCGCCAUUGUUGUGCAGUUCAUGUCCAAACAGAUGGACAAAUUGAGCUGCCAGGAGAUGAAAUCAACGACAACGUUGGCAGAAACGAUUGCGUUGUUGCAACAGACGCAGCGAAGUUGCGACGAGUUGCGUCAACAGUUGCACGAUAAGGAUGUGGAAUGGGCACAGCGCCAGCAGGAACAGGAGCAUCUUAAACGCAGCGAAUUGCAACAAGCACAAGAAAAAGUGCAGGAGGUGCAAAUGCUGGCAAAGGAGCGUUUCCGUGAGUUGGAAUCCCAGCUGCUGGCCAAGGAUGAGGAGAAGAAGCAGGCACUGCAAUCGUAUCACCAGGAAGUCGAACAUCAGCUGCGCCACAAGCAGGAGCAGCUUCUGUUAGCCGAGCAACAAGUGUUGCAGUUGCAGACACGCAUUCGGGGUCAUGAGUCACAGGAGCAACAGCUGCGCGAGAAACUCACCAGGAGCGAGAACACACAUGCCACUCGCCUCUCGACGGCCACACAUCGCGAGGAGGAGGCGCUGGAACGUGUCAAGGAGCUGACCAAGGAGUUGCAGACACUGCGAGCCAGCACAGAGCUCAAGGAACGCGAUCUACGUGAUCGGCUGGCCUUGUCACAGGAUGAGGUGAAUGUGUUGAGAACUUCGUCACAGCGUCGCAGUCCCAGCAGCAGUUUGAACGACAGCAAUGGAGAAUUGUGCCGUCUCACCAACGAGGCAGAGAGUCUGCGUUGUGUCCUGGAGCUGAAGCAGGCCGAGAUGUCAGCGUUGUCCAAACAAAAUGCGGAAUUGCAGCGGGAGAAUGAUGAGCAACGCAGUCUGGGCAAUCGUUUAACUCUGCUCGAGGCACAGAAUGAAAUGUUGCGCACUGAGCUCGAGAGCAAGACCGAAAAGGAAAAGGACAUCCAGCGACAAAUGGAGGAGAUGCAGAAGGCCUUCAAUCACGAGAGCAUCAAGAGGAAGCGUCUCACCUGCGACAAGGAGGAGCUGCAGUAUCAUCUGAAGCAACGCUCCGAGCAGUUGAUAUUGGUGCAGGCGCAGUUGCACGAGUUAUCCAACAGUUCGCAGGAUAAUUCCUUCAGUCACCACCACACCACCUACAAUCGCAGCAUUUCAAUGCGUGCCUCUUUGGAGGCCAACCAUACAUCGCUCAACACAUCGCCGCCCGCCUCGCCCGUCAUCAAGGGUGUCAUCGAACGCAAUGAUUCCGUCAGUUGGGUGCUCGACAUGGACGAUGAGACGCCUCAGGUGGCUGCCUCGAAGCUGGUACGACGUGCCGGCUCCCUGAGGAACACCAGUGAACGAAGUCCAACCCAGCGACGUCAGCUGUCGCAGAGUGCGAGCAAUGGACAUGGAAAUGGUCACAGCACUGGACCCAAUCCUCUGUCGCAGAGCAUGUCGGCCACGGCAUUGAUCCGUGGCAGCAGCCAGGUCAAUGAGCCCGAGUCACCACGCCCACUGUGCCGUGCCCGCUCCCAAUCCGUGUGCAACAACAAGGAGCGAACAUUGGAGCGACCUCAAGGGCAGCGACAGCGUCAGAGCUGCGAUGCAGCAGCCGGAUUGGAGACGAAUCUCUCCGACUGGAGUGUGGAUGAGUUGAGAGCCAGUUCGCCGCACCCGUUGCCACCUCCAGUUCUGGCCGAGAUGCGUCCACGCUGCUCCACGAUGAAGCUCAUGACCUGCGAUGCGUAUCCAAAGGCGCUCAAGAAAUUCCAGGAGAUACAGGAGUCCGCUGGCGAGGCCAUGGUAUCCGGUGCCAACUCUGAGGAUGAGAGCUGCUCAGCCUCAUCGGAGGACAUGCGCAGCUCAUCCGCAUCCAGCACAACUUCAGCUGCAGGCUGCUCGCUCUCCAAGCGACAAAAGCACCCCUCACGCUUGUCCAUCGAGGAGGCGUUGAUGUUGGAGCAGGUGAAUAGCCUGAAUGGUACGCCCAUGGAGGUGAGCUGGUCGGAGGAUGCAGCUGAUGCCGAUGCCGCCGAGGGGCAUAGCAUCGCAUGACAGCCACAAGCAUUGGGGGGAGUGGGAGUGGGAGUGGGAUACGAGGAGAGAGCCGUCAUCGAGCAGAUUGCCGAGGCAGCCGAAGAGGCUUAUGAAAUGGAUGCCGAUGCACAGCAGGAGGAGUUAAUUGUGGGCGGUGAUGAACACGAUAAUGAUGUUGAUGAUUUCGAUGUAGAUGAUGAUAAUGAUAAUGAUGAUGAUGAUGAUGAUGAUAGCUUUUAAAGCAGGCGCAUAUAGAUUGUAGAACAAUUCAAUGAGCAUCAUUUAACUAAAGCAAAGCUUGGCGCAAACAUAAAAAUAAAACAAACAAUUGAAAAAAAUGAGUCAAGAAAAACAAAGUGAUUGAAAUAAUAUAAUACAGAUAAAAAUAUAAAAAGCUGGAUAAAUCAUACAAUGUAAUUACAAAUUUCAAAUGAACAAUGUUUUAUGUAAAUAAGUGCAUUUAGAGUGCGAUGAAAGCGAGAGGCAACAAUAUUUGUUUAUUUUUUGGAUAAACGAAAAAAAUUAAAAGAAUUUAAAUAUAGCAAAAAUAGGAAGAACAUAUUUUAUGCAGACACUUAAACACACACACACACACAUACACACAUACAGUAAGCGGAUCCGUCACAGUCUAACGAGAACUUUGGGUUGAUUAACAAAAGUGUUAUACGAUUAAUACGAAAUAAAUGCGACUCAGUGAAUAAUCAAAAUGAGUAUAAGUGUAUAACAAAGAGUAGCAGUAUAUAACAGUAGUAGAAUAACAGUAGUCGAACUCUUCAACAACUACACGUUUCAACGCAAAUACGAUAAUACUUAUAUGUUAUGGUUAGGCAUUUAGCUCAAGCAGUAUAAUUAUACAAAUAUAUAUUUGCAUAAAACUUAUAACUAUACAAUACAAAAGUUUAUACACAUAUUAUUAUUAUAUUCUAACCGCAAAAAAAAAACCACUCGAGAUAUCGUCUAUCGUAUAUCGUAAAUUAUAUAAUAUGUAAUGUAUUAUACCCCCUUAUCGUCAAUCGAAGAACCCAAAAUUCCCACUAAGCUCAACGGAUAGAACAGAUUUGAAAUAUGUUAAGAACUAGAAAGAAAAGCUAAAAAAUGAAAGAAAAAAAAAGAGAAAACUCACUUGAUGUCCUUAGCCCUAUGUUGCCCCUUGCUUUAAGGUGGUGACACACUCCCACAAGUAAAAUUGAAAUUGUAAAAUUUACAAAUUGAGAAUGUACGGAUUUAAGAAUUAAAUCCGAACUUAAGCUUUAAUUUUUUGCGCGUGUUGUGGAAUAUUUGAGCAUUAUUUAUUAUUUAGUUUUUAGGAUCAGCUUAAUGAUCAUCUAUUAUUAAUUCUUAAACAUAUAUAUAUAUAUAGUAUACUUAUACUUGGCCUUGUUUAUAGCCUAUAUGUAUAUUAGUUUUUAACUUAGCAUUUAGUUAUAUUUACGUUUUUAAUUUGUUAUCAUUGAUUGUAUUCUUAUUUAUGUUUGUAACUGUAACUAUAAAUGUAUCUAAUUAUUGCAAGUCUUAUAUGUAUAAGCUAAAAGGAUACGCAAAAGUUUAUAACACGCAGCAUUGUCAUUAAUUUUUAAGUAAGAUACGAAUACUAUGUUAAUUUUAUGUCUGAGCCCAGCAUCAUAAUAAGCAGCAACAACAACAGCAACAACUGAUCCUAAUUUCUGUGCAUACUUAUAAAUGAAGAAAAAAUAAAACAAAUGGAAAAAAAACUACGAUUAUAAUAUAACAGUAUCACACAAAUUGCUACGGAAAAAAAACCUACAAAUAUUUUUUGCUAAAUAAUUUCAAGACCUAAAAUAAAAUCGUAAUUGUUUCAACAAAA